AUGUCGUCAUCCAAUCAAUUUAUCCUCAAUAAUCCGCCGACCGAUGCUAUCUCUGCGCUGAAGUUCUCCCCCGAGGCCGAUUCCACAAGGAUUGUUGUAGCGUCAUGGGAUAAGAACGUGUACCUUUAUGACCUGCGCGAUGAAAACGGUACCGUGGGCGAGGGAAAACUUUUACAAGCAUUUGAGCACCGCGCACCCGUGCUAGAUGUAUGCUUUGGCAAUACCGAGAACGAGAUUUAUACCGCUGGGUUAGACUGGGAUGUACGAAAAAUUGAUAUCAAUACCGGACAACAAACAGUGCUUAGCAGCCAUGAGGCUGGCGUGCGAAACGUCGUGUAUAGCCGCGAACACCAGAUCAUCAUCUCUGGUUCCUGGGAUUCCACACUCCAUAUUCACCGUACCGAUGCAGGCACCAACACCGAAUCUCAACCUGUCGUUGUUCCGCUUCCCUCGAAACCUUUCUCCAUUUCCCUCACAUCAACCAAGCUGGUUGUGGCAAUGGCAUCUCGUUCCCUAGAGAUCUACGACCUGAAGGCAUUGGCUGUCCUCACCGCACAGGCUGAUAGCACAUCAACCAAUGGAAACCGGGUGGAAGUUGAGCCUUGGCAAAGUCGUGAAAGCAGUCUGAAAUUCAUGACGCGUUGCGUGGCUUGCAUGCCUGGAGAUACUGGAUACGCUUCAUCUAGUAUUGAGGGUCGUGUGGCAGUUGAGUGGUUUGACCCCUCGCCUGAAUCGCAAGCGCGUAAGUAUGCUUUCAAGUGUCAUCGCCAAACAAGUGAGGAUGGAGUCGACGUCGUGUAUCCCGUCAAUGCACUUGCCUUCCACCCUGUACAUGGAUCAUUUGCGUCAGGCGGCGGUGAUGGUGUCGUUGCGCUGUGGGAUGGAAUUGCUAAGCGCCGAAUUCGUCAAUAUCAGAAAUAUCCAUCCAGUAUCUCUUCUGUUGAUUUCAGCAGCAGUGGUAAGUAUCUGGCUAUUGCAGUGAGCCCUGGCUUUGAAGAUGGGACAGAUGGAGUCGCCGAAGGGGUGGUCAAGAUCUUCGUGCGCGAGCUCAGUGAAACGGAGGCUAAGGGCAAAGGUGCGAAAUAA